AAACCGAUUGAGCGAGCGAGUAUUUGAACGUUUUUCACAUCACGCCCGUGUCGUUGUGCGUUUCUAAACGCACCCGGCAGGCACCAUGUUCCUCCCUCGAGUUCUUCAGCGCUGGUUCUCGCAACUCUCGACUGCAACCAGUGUCUCUAUCUAGACCGACAACUAUCUCUCUCUAGGUUUUCUCUGCAAGUGGCUCUUCUUGUCUCCCUUGCAGAUUUCCUCGCCCCUUUUCCCGUUUCUCUUUUCAACGGGCGGAGCUCUAUUCAUAUUCACCGUACAAAGCCACAAGGCUAAUUUUUGGUGAGGUGAAGUGCAUUUCCGAUAUUAACGAGGAGGCCUUCACGAUCACAGAGGUCCUCUGCAUUUUCAGCUUGCGGAGCAACGGUUCUUGGGAUAGCUCCGCAGCUGGGUUCAUCUGGGACACGAUUGCUAUUGCUUAACCACCCAUUUAUUCCUUCUGUGUAUUACUUGGACAGCUUGCAAACCUCUGCGUGUGCCAAACAUAGCUUGAAGAGAAAUGGAUGGAAAUACUUCUGGCGAAGAUGGGAAUGAUAUUGACUGGAAUACAGAAGAUGAGCUGGAAAUUGAUAACUUCACUUUAUCUUCUUCUUCAAGUCUGACAGUUCCUGGUGGAGAAGCUGUUGUGGGCUGUGGGGAGUCAAGCUCAUCUCCAGGUCCUUCCAAUUCCAAAGUUGUUGAUCAUUUUAUUGGGAUGGGAUUUUCUGGAAAAAUGGUUGCCAAAGCAAUUCAGGAACAUGGAGAGGAGAAUACGGAUUCAAUUCUGGAAACCCUCCUCACAUAUUCGGCUCUUGAAAGUUCUCCUCAAGAACAGCAACAAGUUGAUUGUAAUCACUGUUCUUCUGAUAAUGAAGAGAGUUUUCUGGAUGAUUUUUCAGAUAUGGAUAGCUUUUCUGAUAAUGAGGAAAUCAUAAAUCCUACAUCUGAGAAAGAGAAAAAGAUAUUGUCCUUGGUCAAUAUGGGGUACACGGUAGAGGAGGCUUCAAUAGCAAUAGAAAGAUGUGGUCUUGACUCCACGGUUGUUGAGUUGACUGAUUUCAUAUUUGCUGCUCAGACGGCAAAGGCAGAAGAUGUCAAUUUUCCUCUUGAAGAGAAGCCUAGACCAAAUCAUGCAUACAAGAAGAGGAAACUUCUUGAGUACGAGAUGCUGAAAAAGAAAAGGCAGAUGCGACUUGGGAACCAGACCACAGGUGAAGAUGAUGAGACAGUUCAUCUCCCAAAUCCAAUGGUUGGGUUUGGCAUCCCAUCUGAACCAUGUUUGAAAACACAGAGGAAUCUUCCAGAGGGAGCUAGAGGGCCACCAUAUUUCUACUAUGAGAAUGUGGCACUUGCUCCUAAAGGGGUUUGGACCACUAUAUCCCGCUUCCUGUAUGACGUGCAACCGGAGUUUGUUGACUCCAAGUACUUUUGUGCGGCCGCGAGGAAAAGAGGUUAUGUUCACAAUCUUCCUCUUGAUAAUAGAUUUCCUCUUAUUCCACUUCCUCCAAACACCAUACAUGAGGCAUUUCCCUUGACAAGGAAAUGGUGGCCUUCAUGGGACACACGGACAAAGCUGAACUGCUUGCAAACUUGCAUUGCCAGUGCAAAAUUAACAGAGAGGAUCAGGAAGGCUAUUGAGGAUUAUGAUGGUGAACCACCACUGGGAGUCCAAAAGUAUGUUCUUGAUGAAUGCCGGAAGUGGAAUCUGGUGUGGGUAGGAAGAAACAAGGUCGCCCCACUUGAGCCUGAUGAAGUGGAAAUGCUUUUGGGAUUCCCAAAGAACCACACAAGGGGAAUAAGCAGGACUGACAGAUACAAAUCACUCGGGAAUUCAUUCCAGGUUGAUACCGUGGCAUACCAUCUGUCAGUUUUGAGAGAGAUGUUUCCUAAUGGCAUAAACCUCCUGUCUCUUUUCUCUGGGAUUGGCGGGGCAGAAAUAGCUCUUCACCGGCUUGGUAUCCCUCUGAAGAAUGUCGUGUCGGUAGAGAAAUCUGCAGUGAACAGAAGUGUUGUGAGGAGUUGGUGGGAGCAAACAAACCAGAGAGGGAAUUUGUAUGACCUUGAUGAUGUACAGCAGCUGAAUGGUGACAGCCUGGAGCAUUAUAUGAAUUUAUUUGGUGGUUUUGAUCUUGUAGUUGGUGGGAGUCCAUGUAACAAUCUUGCAGGCAGCAACAGGCAUCAUCGAGAUGGACUCGAGGGUAAAGAAUCUUCGCUCUUCUAUGACUACUUUCGUAUACUAGACUUGGUCAAGUGUAUAAUGUCAAAGAACAAUUGAUUCCAUGUAAAUCAUCUGCUUAAGUAACUUUACGGCAUUGAAACCUCGACAAGCAAGAAAAGAUCUUGCAUUUUAUUUUUUCUCAAGUUUGGAUAUUUGGUUCUGGUA